UCGAAUGAAAUCUUCUGUCUAGAGAGCUUGCAGUAUAGAUCGAGUUUUGAUUGGUUCUCUGUUUUUCAUCAAAGUUCAUUUUUCAGAAAAUAAACAAGUUAAGUCGAUGAUACUCUUAUCUUCGAAAUAAAUAAUGGAUUCUGAUAAAAUGAAGCUAAACGACGUCACGGCUGAUAUUCUGAGUGAGUUUUUAGAAGUAGCAGUUCAUCAGAUUCUCUAUGUUCGCAAUAUUUAUCCAGCUGGAAUUUUUGAAAAAUGUUGCAAGUAUAAUAUUCCAGUUCAGAUGUCACAGCAUCCUGAUGUCAAUAGAUACAUCAAGGACACCAUCUGUGGGUUCAAACCUCUUUUAAGAAAGGAUGAAGUACAAGGGGUUACUGUGGUGAUUGUGAACUCCAACAAUAAACCAAUUGAAAGAUUUGCCUUUGAAAUUUCAUCUCUCAGAAAGAAAUCCAUCAGUGGUGAUGAGUACUUACUAGCAAUAGAGCAGGCAUUUCGAGGCUUUAUUCUCAAAAUAAAUAUGUGUGAUGCAGUUCUUGAUAAGAAACCAGAAGAUUGUUCAUUUGCAGUUCUUGUUUAUGCAAAAGAUCAUGCUGUUGUAGGUGAAAUGGAGAAUCAGCAAUUGAUACAGGAUUUUCCGUGGGUUGAAGCUGACAGUCAUAUUUGCUCCUUGGAAGAUUCAAGAUUGAUACCCAUAAAGACCAUGGAAAAUGACUUAUUUAAAAUGCAACUGAAUAUUGAAGAAUUAUCUGUGAAAAGAUGACAUACAGUAUUUAAUUAAACACAAUCAUUCAGAACUGUUACAGUAGGUUUGUUGUCUAUUAUUAAACUAUAAGCUGUAAUGAUGAUUUAUCCCAUAAUCUGUAUCAUUAAUGUGGGAAUGUUGAACCAUGACCUUCCUUUCAUUAUUUGGAGUAACAUUUAUUUUAUGUUAUUCAGACAUCAGUGCAUCUGUUGGCUGUCUCUUAUUUUAUUGAAAAAUUUAAAAUAUUUUGAAUGAUAUUAGGGGGAGACAGGUGUCAGUUGUUACAAAAUUUAAAUAUUGUUCCUUAAUUACGUAAUUGAAUGAGAUAAACACACCAUCUCUUUUCUAAGGCAAGAACAGUGUAUUAGUUAUAAAACUAAGCAAUUACAACUGUCAUAUAUCAAUCUGUUAAUUAAUCAUUAAUCAUUAAUUAAUGAAGUAGAUCAACUGCAACAAAUUACCCCUUUUCCAGGGUACAUUGUUACACACCAUGUGGGGUAAAUUGUUCUGUUGUCCAAAUACGAUAAAAUGUUAUGCAGACCAACAUACAUUAAACUACAUAAAGGAGAUACCAACAACAUUAUUAUACCAUUAUACUAUCUGUAAGACCCCACUGCAACGCACUUUAACUCCAGCAAAUCUGUUCUAUGUUGGAGAUGUUAAUUUCAUCUUCUAUACAAUGAUCACACAUGUAAAGUGCACCUCCUAUAAGUGCAACAGUCACAACUUACCCGUAACAACUUACCCCACGACCUAUUUUUAUAUUGAAACACAGAUAGUUCUACCUGUACACAGAAAUAUGUGGCCUUUGCCUGGAAGUGUUAGGUGGGGUCAGUCAAUUUCAGUUCACCCAAUUUUGAUGAAAUUUGCAAUAUAGGUAAUUCAUAGCCAGAAAAGCCAAAAUUCCCAAUUUUAACUUUAUUGGACCAAUGGUUUUCGAGAUAUCACAAUUUCAUUUUUUCACUUUUUCGCGAAAAAGGCUUGCCUGCCAAAUUUCAAAUUGCUGUAACUCGGCAACCACUGGUCUGAUUUUUAAAAACAAGGUACAGUACUCAAUUUUUGUAAAGAAGAGAGGAUAAGGAAUCUUAAUCUGGCAUUUUUCUGUGCAUUUGGGUACUUUAUUGUUGGAUGACCUUUUGACCCAUAUAAGGAUAGCCCACGAAAGACUAGAAGAAGACUUAUUUCCAGUGGGGUCCUUCUGGUGGUGAUUGGGCAGUACACCAGGAGACAAUCCCCUACUCUUUUCCGAAGAGUGUACUGCGUUCUUUAACA